AUGUCGUUUAGUACAAAGGAUACUGUUCUUUCAUUAAAUCCUUCAUCUCCAUUGCUGUGUUCUCCUGAAACAACCAUUCAGGAGGCGGCAAUGGAAAUGGUCAAUUCUCACGACACGUACAUGUUGGUUACCUCACCAAAUGGUGAACUGCAAGGCAUUUUUACGGCCAAAGAUUUGGCAUUUCGGGUUGUCGGCUCAAAGCUGAAUUUCAAUAGUCCAGUUUCUGAAAUCAUGACUGCAAAUCCAAUAUGUGCUAAGCGAGAGACGAUUGCGGGCGAUGCAUUGAAAUUGAUGGUUUUGAAGCAAUUUAGGCAUUUACCGAUUAUUGACAAUGAUGGGAGCAUAAUUGGUGUCUUAGAUAUAACCCGGUGUUAUAAGGAUGCAAUGAAAAAACUAGAAAAGAUGUACGAGGAAUCACAGAAAUUGCAUCAAGUCAUGGACACGGUGAAUAAAGAAUUGGGCAACCAAAAUUAUAUGUUUACAUACUUUGAAAAUUUAAGAAAGCUAUUGAAUGGACCAUGCUUAAAGGAAGUCUUAUGUGAGAAAACUAGGGUUGUGUUUUGCGAUGGGGAUUCAAAUGUCUACGAUGCUUGCAUGUUAAUGAAAAAAUGGAAAACAACUGCAGUUUUAAUCAAGAAUUUGGCCAAUAAUAAGGAGAUUUAUGGUAUAUUCACCAGUAAAGAUGUUGUAAGUAGAGUGAUAUCUAAAGGUUUAACACCUGAAGAAUGCCUAGUAAAGGAUGUUAUGACGCUGCAUCCAGAAUGUGCAGAUUGGAACAUCUCUAUAAACAGUGCUUUAAAAAAGAUGUUUGAAGGUAAGUAUCUCAAUUUGCCCGUGGUCGAUGAUAAGGAUCAAGAUAUUGUUGGCACUGUCGACAUUAUACGUUUAACUAAUUUUACACUGAAUCAGAUUCAAACAAUGGAAAUGAUCCAAGAUGAGGAAGAUGAUCUGGAAGAUGAUUUGGAAGAUGUGCUUGAAGAAGACGAAGGGGUAAUAAAAGAGGAAGAGGGACAUGAAAUUGCGAUAGUGGUUGAAGAGGAAAAGGAAGAGGAGGAUGGAGGGAAUGGCGAUUAUGAUGUUAGCAUGCAAGAAAUGAAUGAGUUCGAUGUUGGUGUUGGUAAACGGAGAAGAAGAAAGAUCAACUUUGACAAUGUCUAUUUUUUCAAGUUCAACAUUGAUGGGGAAAUGCGUCGUGUUAGCUAUAGACCUAGUGAAGGUUUCAAGAGGUUUGAAAAGAUGUUGCAAAAGGAAGUUGAGUCUAGUGGGAGGAUACAAAUAUCAUACACCGAUGAAGAUGAAGAUGAGAUUUUUAUUCACACAGAUAAAGAUUUGCGAGACUGUAUCUUUUCCAAAUGCAAGCUUGGUGAGGAAAAGAUUGAAAUUCAUGUCCAUAAAAAGACAGCUGUUGGUGGAAAUGGUGGUGGGCUACUUUUACCUGUUGCAUUAUUUACCCUUUCAGCAACAAUUAUUGGGGUAUUUACAAUUAGUAGAAUGAAUAAAUAA